AUGGGCGAUAGGUUAACGCAACUGCAAGAUGCAGUCGACCAGCUUGCCCAGCAAUUCGUCGCAUGCCUGCAUUUUGUCCAGAGGCGGCACGACCUUGAAACCCUCGGCCCAAACGAUAAAGUCCGCGAUGUAAAACAGGAGCCUCACCAGAAAGAAGUCGACCCGUUGCCCGCUGACGAGUUUGCGGCCGGUCUUAAAGAGCUAUCUCGGGACCUUAUCAUUAAGGAGCAACAAAUUGAAGUGCUCAUUUCGAACCUCCCAGGGUUAGAUAACAGCGAAAGAGACCAAGAACGAAACAUUAAGGACCUGGAAGAAGACCUGAAGGCGGCGGAAGCGCAGAGACAAGAAGCGCUAAAGGAGAGGGACCAAAUAUUGGCAGAGCUGGACACUGUCAUUAGAAGUAUUAGACGGCCAUGA